AUGUGGGACUCGUGGUUGAAUAUCUCUUCUUCGCUUCUUCUUCAUUCACAUAACUGGCGAUUGAAGGGUUCCUUCCGAUUUUGCCAUUCCAUCGCAUUCAGUCUAACUUUUUUUUCGAAGCACAUCCGUCUUGUUCUGUGGGGAAUCCUUUGUCGAGCCUUAAUUCUCUCUAAUUCGUUCACUGGUUCAGGUGUUUCAAGGAUUCUUGGUAGACUUUUCAAAUGCAAUAUUUAUACUCCAACAGAUGUUGAAGGAACGACCACUGCAGUUGAUGCUAAGUCCACAAUCCCUCUGAUUUUGAUUUCAAGUCAAUGUGAGACGACUAAAAUGGUGCAUAAUGAUGUAAAAGUCAAAGAUGAUGCAUGCUUAAAUAAGUGGAAUAAUGAUGAACUACAUAACAUAUUUGAGCUUGUAGACUCACAAUCAUUCACUAAAACCCUAAAUCACACUAAAUCAGUCGUCUUCAUCGACAAACCCAAAAUCACAAUUACCUCAUGUUACCAUAACCCAUCUUAUGCAUCUGAUACCACCACCAUCCUGACGACGCCGUCGUUACCACCACUGUCGUCCGCUACGUCGCUUCUCAUUGUUCCCAAACCAGCACUACGUCGCUACGCCGCCAUGUCACUCCAGCGUCGUUCUCCGCCAACCUGGUUCUUUAUCACCGUGAUCGAUUAUGUGGAAAACGCCUGA